AAAUAUUUCCAGCCGAAUAGUACAAAGUUCUGAAAGCAAUUAGAUGGAACCACCCAAAACUGGAAACCUUGCAGCGUCUAAAGCCCGGUUGCAGAAGCCAGCUGGGAGACGCUCCACCGCUGUACUCAAUGCCUCAGCGGCUUCACACGCACGACUUGAACCCGCCUCUCCAUCAGUACGGUCACGAAAUGCUUUAUCUUCAAUUUCUUCUGGAGUAUAUGGUCGGGGGUCACAGCAGCGAAUUCGGGCAUCACAAAGUACGCUGGAUCGAAAUGGGAAACCCGUCCAAGAAAAGGCAGUGCAGGUCUUGGAUGAGGAGGGGAAUGAUGUUACUCCGCUGAGCUUACUAGCCCCGCAACAAGUCGGGCAUGUUCGAAAAGGUCAUGGAGGUGCGAGCGCAACAGAACUUAGUAGUAUGGCGAGCGUUGCACGGGAAACGGUUGCCGAUGUGUUAAACAACCUAGAAUCUAUGACUGUGGGAUCAUGGAAUCAGUCGGUGUUUGGGCGAUCUGCAAUGAUGGGAAUGAGCUUUUUGAGUUCCAGCCGGAUGUCUGGGGCUGAGAGCGGUGAUGAGGAUGAGGCAAGCUCAGUGGGAAGCGCAGAAUCUGCGGAAGACAGAGAAGAAUUACUCAAAGAAGACCGGGUGUCCGUCGCAGCUGCCGCGACUUCCCGGACUCUUGGGGAAGCGGAGCUAAACAAACUUGUGCACAUCAACCUCACCGAAACAGAAACCAUCCCACUCUUGGAUAUAACUGCAGUUACGGUGUCCAAUGAGUCAGGAGACGAAGCCACAGCCGUGAGAGCAGCGAACGCCAAAUACAAAGAGGUUCUUGAAAGUCGAGCGGCCAAUGAAAACUUUGUCGAUCGCGGGAUGCAGACUUUCAAUGAUCCGCUGAAAACAAAGGAAAUUCAAGCACCUGGACCAAAGGGAGUCAACGUCGAGUGUAUGGUAACCCAAUGGAGCAUCUACGACGCUUAUCACUUGGAGGGUACAGAAAAGACCAGUGAAGGUAUCAGCAAGGACGGUGAUAAUGAGGCCUUGUCCAACCUUGGUGAACAAUCGGCUCCUGCAUCCAUCGGACUGCAGGGAUCGGUGGGCGAUUCUUCUAUGCUGCAAGGCAAUAAGCUUGCCAGUAGCUCUAUGGUUAUGUCUGAUGCAGCAGGGGCGAUGUCACGGUCAGUAUUCCUACCCGAAGGGGAAACCAUGUCAGAUCUGUAUGCGAGCGUUGGACCGGGCGCUAAGCGUAAUAGCUUGAGCAUUGGACCCGGAAUGCAUAGAGGUGGGGACAUGGUCGAUGUAGCGAGCGACAUUGUAGCUGGUCCUGAAGUCACCCUUGCUGGGUUAAAUCAAAAGAACUUGCAAAAUUCCCUAUUGGUUUUGGAACGCGCAGUAGUGGCCAAUAACUUUGAGAAGAAGCUCCUUCAAUACCGAAAUGUCAUGGACGCGGAAGAAGCAAAGCAAAGGGAAAUUGCCGCUCGACAGGAAGCACUUGACCAGACUCCGGAAGGUUUGCCGGGUGCGAGUCCAGGUGGUCCAGCUGCGGGUGACAAAGCCCGAGACGACAAACGAGACGUUGACAGCAUUCCCACCGUGGACUUUCUGUGGUCAUACCGAUGUGAACUUACCCGCGGCCGGGCGGUAUCAUUUCUGGUGUGGAACAAAGAAAAUGAAGACAUAUUGGCGGUUGCUUACGGCGAGCAAAAACCAGGUCCAAAUCCACAUGCAGGGCUGGUAUUGUGCUGGUCGGUAAAAAAUCCAGAGUGGCCUGAAAGGAUCUAUCGAUCAAAAUCUCCAGUGACGGCGAUUGACUUUUCACGGUCCACUCCCAAUCUCCUUGCAUGCGGUUAUGUUGACGGACGAAUAGCAAUAUACGACGUGCGAAGGAAAGAAGAUGAGCCAGUAAUGGACAACAGCGACCUCGCCGGAAAACAUCGCGAUCCAAUUUGGGAGCUUCGAUGGGUCGAAAGGGAGCGUGGAGACGAACAUGCACGCGGCGAGACGCUAGUAUCAGUAUCAACUGAUGGGCGUGUAACUCAAUGGUUAAUCAGGAAAGGUUUAGAAUAUACAGAUUUGAUGAGCUUGAAGAGAGUAACGAAGCAGCAAGAAAUUAAGGCCGGUGCCGCAGCAGGUACCGCUGCCGGCUCUGCUGGGUCUGGAAACAAACCCGGUUCUUUCAUCGCCCGACAGUCGGGUGGUUUAUGCUUUGAUUUCAAUCCGAAAGAUAAUAACAUUUACAUGGUCGGAACGGACGACGGGCACAUUCAUCGGUGCUCUUGCUCAUACAAUGAGCAAUAUCUUGCAACGUACUUUGGGCAUACAGGUCCAGUAAAUCGAAUUCGGUGGUCGCCAUUUCUCUCUGGAGCGUUUUUAUCAUGCUCGUGCGAUUGGACCGUCCGGUUAUGGAACCAGGACAUGGAAGAGCCGGUGUUUAAGUUUCAAAGCGGCAAAGACACAAUAACAGAUGUGGCAUGGUCUCCUGCUUCUUCCACCGUGUUCGGAUGUGUAUCGACAGAUGGAAGAAUGGAAAUAUGGGAUUUGCAAUUAUCCGUGCUUGACCCAGCAAUUCUCCACACGGUACUCGACCGACGGCUGACGUCCAUAAUAUUUGCUUCCAAGUCGCCUGCUGUACUAACAGGUGAUGAUAAUGGAGCCGUCAACGUUUAUAAGCUCCGAAAACUCGUUUCGUCGAGCGCUUCACCAAGUACACCAAUGCCAGAUGGCGCUUUUGGGCCUGGAUAUGGCGUGAUGGACCAAACCGCAAUGGAACUACAGGCUCAGAUCUUGAUCAAUGUGAUGCAGUCAAAGAAUCAGACUGGGGCUGCGCCGGCAGGGUCAGGACCUGGAGUUACCGCAAGUUCCUCCACAGGCGGCAGUGGUGCGCAAGCGGGGGCGGCACUACCAACUGCGGGAACCCAGGCCACUGGUGUGACCGCUUAAGUGCAAUGAUAAAAUUGGACCCGCAUUCACUGCAAUGUACACAUACGUGCUGUCUUUGUUAGUACUGCUUAUGUACCUUUUUAAUAUCACCUCACCACAGACUGUGUUCCAAGCUCAAUAACCUAUAUUAGAAAUCGAAAAUUGCACAAAAUGCGUACAAGUAGC